CAUUUCUCGCGAGAUAUGAGUGCCCCCUGUCUCGCCCCUGUAUUAUAGCUGCGGAAACCCCAAGCGUUCUUCCUUUCUCAUCAUGGCACCGAAGGCGAAGAAGGAAGCUGUCCCUGCCAAGACCGAGGCCAAGGUAAAGGCCCUGAAGGCCAAGAAGGCUGUUCUGAAAGGAGUCCACAGCCAGAGGAAGAAGAAGGUCAGAACCUCUCCGACCUUCCGCCGCCCCAAAACCCUGCGCCUCCGCAGACAACCCAAGUACCCCCGCAAGAGUGCCCCUCGCAGGAAUAAGUUGGACCACUAUGCCAUCAUUAAGUUCCCUCUGACGACAGAGUCGGCCAUGAAGAAGAUCGAGGACAACAACACGCUGGUCUUCAUCGUAGACGUCAAGGCCAACAAGCACCAGAUCAAACACGCCGUCAAGAAGCUGUACGACAUCGACGUGGCCAAGGUCAACACGCUCAUCAGGCCUGACGGUGAGAAGAAGGCAUACGUACGCCUGGCUCCAGAUUACGAUGCGCUGGAUGUCGCCAACAAGAUUGGCAUCAUCUAAACGGCUGCUGGGGAGAUGUACAGAGGAAUAAAUGUUUAUACAAACGCAA